CGAGGGCAGCACGGCCAUCCUUCUCGACCGCACCCAUCUCCCAUCCGCCGCGAUGGCCUCUCUUCCCAAGCCGUCGGCGUCCAAGCAGGGCGCCAAGGCCAGCGUGCUGCUCGGCGCCCAGUGGGGCGACGAGGGCAAAGGCAAGCUGUCCGACAUCCUCUCCGCCGAGAUGGACGUGUGCGCUCGCUGCGCCGGCGGCAACAACGCCGGCCACACGAUCGUCGUCAACAUGCCCGGCGCCAACGGCGAGCCCGUGCGCACCAAGUUCGACUUCCACCUGCUGCCCAGCGGCCUGGUGAACCCGCAGUGCGUCGGCUUCCUCGGCUCCGGCGUCGUCAUUCACGUGCCGUCGUUCUUCACUGAGCUCGACAGCCUGGAGAAGAAGGGCCUCAACUGCGACGGCCGCCUGUUCGUCUCGGACCGCGCGCACCUUGUCUUUGACUUCCACCAGGUCGUGGACGGGCUGAAGGAGGUCGAGCUGGGCGGCAGCAGCAUCGGCACGACGCGCAAGGGCAUCGGACCGGCCUACUCGUCCAAGGCGUCGCGCUCCGGCCUGCGUGUGCACCACCUCUACGACCCGGAGCUGUUCGCACGCAAGUUCCGCACGCUCGUUGAGGGCCGCUUCAAGCGCUACGGGCACUUUGAGUACGACACGGAGGGCGAGAUUGCACGCUACCGCGCCUUUGCCGAGCGCCUGCGCCCGCACAUCGUCGACGGCGUCACGUUCAUUCACAAGGCGCUGACGGAGAACAAGCGCGUGCUCGUCGAGGGCGCCAACGCGCUCAUGCUCGACCUCGACUUUGGCACGUACCCGUUCGUGACGAGCAGCUCGACGAGCAUCGGCGGCGUGUGCACGGGCCUCGGCAUCCCGCCGCAGUCGAUCGGCGAGGUGUUUGGCGUGGUCAAGGCGUACACGACGCGCGUCGGCGGCGGCCCGUUCCCGACGGAGCAGCUGAACAGCGUCGGCGAGCACCUGCAGGAGGUCGGCGCCGAGUGGGGCGUCACGACCGGCCGGCGGAGACGCUGCGGCUGGCUCGACCUCGUCGUGAUGCGCUACUCGUGCCUCGUCAACGGCUACACGAAGCUCAAUCUGACGAAGCUCGACGUGCUCGACGGCCUCGGCGAGAUCAAGGUGGCGACGUCGUACAAGAUCGACGGCGUCGAGCUGCAGAGCUUCCCGGCGGACCUCGAGCGCCUGGCGCAGGUCGAGGUGGGCUACGAGACGCUGCCCGGGUGGAAGGAGGACAUCAGCAAGGUGACCAAGUACGACGACCUGCCGCAGCUGUGCAAGCAGUACGUCGAGUUCAUUGAGGACUUCCUCGGCGUGCACAUUGCCUACAUCGGCGUCGGCCCGGCGCGCGAGUCGAUGCUCACGCGCUAGGCCGCUGCGAGGGGGGAUCAAUCGAGGGGGCCGUCUGUCACGCAUGGCUGCUCUCGUCUGGAAUUAGAUGUCUACGUAUUGCUGGG